ACUGUCCUGAGAGCGCUGUGGGAUAAGGGAGGAGUGUCCUGCUUCCCGGCUGCCCUGUUGCUAUCGGAGUCACAGGAUGGCGACUGUCCUGCCCCUGACUAUUGCUCCGUCUUCCCCGUUCCCAGCCUCUCAGCAAAAAGGACACACAGAGGGCGGAGAGCUGGUUAAUGAGCUCCUGACAAGCUGGCUACAGGGCUUGGUGACCUUCGAGGAUGUGGCCGUGGAGUUCACCCAGGAGGAGUGGGCGUUGCUGGACCCUGCCCAAAGGACACUGUACAGGGACGUGAUGCUGGAGAACUGCAGGAACCUGGCCUCACUGGUGCCCUUUGAUGCACAAAAGUUUUAA